AUGGGAUGCUUUGUUGCUGGGUUUCUUAUUGCCACCUUUGGUGAUUCAUCUCUUGGUAGGAAGAACAUGCUCUUUCUCUCAUGUUUAACAAUUUCAAUUGCUUCAUCCAUCAUUAUCUUCUCCACCAACAUCUGGUUGUACUCGGCCUUGAAGCUUAUGAUCGGGUUUUGCCGCUCAUCAAUUGGCACUUGUUCUCUGGUUUUGUUGACGGAGAGAGUGUGUAAAGAGUGGCGGUUUCGAGUGGGAGUUCUUGAGUACAUUUGGUAUACAUUAGGGUUUCUAUCCUUGCCUGGUAUUGCUUAUGUUAAUAUCGAUGCCUCAUGGAAGUCUCUUUAUCUUUGGAUAUCCAUUCCUGGAAUUUGCUACUCCAUUUUGGCUUAUAUUUUUGUUACUGAGUCUCCUAGGUGGCUUCUCAUGCAAGCUCGAGAAAAGGAAGCCAUGGCUUUACUCAACAAAGCAAGUGGUGGAACUUUGAACCCAAGCCAACUAACAGAACCUGCCAAACAAAGUGCUUCAACUUUCAACCUUUACUCAUCAAUCAAACAAUUGUUUGUGAAUAGCUGGGCUUUCAAACGACUACUAGCAACUCUAAUGCUUGGUUUUGGCAUUGGAAUGGUAUAUUAUGGUGUUCCUUUGAAUGUGGGAAAUUUGGGAUUCAACAGAUACUUAAGUGUUCUCUUUUAUGCUUUACUAGAGAUACCAGCUUUUAUUACCACAUACUUCUUGCAUAAUUGCAGAAGAAAACCUUCACUUCUUGCGUUCUCCAUAUCAAGUGGUAUUUGUUGUUUGAUUUGUGCUGGGAUAGGAAAUAAACUGCCCAUAGUCAAACCAGCCCUCGCUUUGGUUUCAUUCUUCUGUGUAGCUACAUCUUUUGAUGUCUUUCUCAUAUAUGUGGUAGAGUUGUUUCCCACAAGUGUCAGGAACACUGCAACAUCGAUGGCCAGGCAAGCCAUGGUAUUUGGUGCUAUAUUUAGCCCAUUUUUGAUAUCGGCGGGGAGGAAAAAUGACCUUUUCUCUUAUGGCAUAUUUGGGUUAAUUAUCUUAUGAAGUGCUUCUUCUUUGUUAUGCCUGUCAGAGACCAAAGGAAUUGCUCUUUGUGAUACAAUGGAUCAACAGGAGAGGAAGGAAAGAAUCAUU